CUUUGAACUUAAAGGAACUUCCCGCGCUUUGUUGGCGCUUUGUUUGCUUCCAGCUGUGAAUCGCCAGUCGCGGACAAAAGAACUGGCUUCGUAGAACGUCAGCAGGGGGAGGAUUGAGGUAUGAUGGCAGAGGCACAGAGAUCACAGGCAUCACAUGACUUCUGCCACAAUCCACAUGCAGGCUCCCUCUUGCAGGGUUUACAGGAACUGCGAUCUGACAACCUCCUGACAGAUGUUGUCCUUUGUGUCUCUGGAAAAGAGAUUCCAUGCCAUCGAAAUGUUCUGGCUGCCUGCAGUGAAUACUUUCGUGCAAUGUAUUGUAACGGACAUCGUGAGAGCAAAGAGCACAAAGUGACCAUACAUGAAGUCACCCCCGGAGCCUUGCAGCUUCUUGUUGACUUCGUGUACACAUCGAAAGUGACCAUCACACAGGACAAUGCUUUGAAACUGCUAGAAGGGGCCAACUUUUUCCAGAUUCAACCUGUCCAUGAUGCUUGUGUGAAUUUCAUCUCCAACAACCUGAGUGACAAAGACUGUCUUCAGAUGAUGCACGUAGGAAAUGUGCUGUCCUGCCCAGACCUGGAGAUAAGAGCGAGGUCAUAUGCCUUGAAGGAGUUUGCAUCAGUCAGCAAAACACCCGAGUUCCUUUCUUCGACUAAGUCUCAGCUCAUCAAACUUAUCUCAUCUGAUGACCUCAGUGCUACAGAAGAAGUCGUGUACACAGCAGUGAUGACAUGGAUCAACCACGACACUGAUGAGAGGAAUAAGGACAUGAAAGAGCUGAUGGAACUGGUCAGGUUUCCCUUCAUGGACAAACAGUACUUCUUUGAGAAUGUAGAGACGAAUGAAGAAAUAAGGAAUUCUUGUCAGGAUAUCAUGACAGAAGGUCGCAGAUGCCAGCUCUUUCCAAGAGAGAUUGAGUCACCUCGCACCCGUCCCCGCCAAGCCAGUGGUCUGAGGGAGGCAGUAGUGGUCAUUGGAUGGAUAAAUGAAGAUGAGAAUACAGUAGGUCGUAACUCCUGCUCCAUCACAAUGACCAGUGAUGCAGAGCCCACAAGCUCAAGUUGGAUUGAUGUGACUGAACUACCUGAAGGCUUUGAAGGGGAUUGUGAAUAUCCAUUUCCUGUGGCUGUCCUGGGCACGAGUGACAUUCUCAUGUCUGAUCAACAGGAUGCGUGGCUGUACCAGUUAGAACUGAACUCCUGGUCCAAGCUUGCACAGAUGAACUUGGAGCGGUAUCAUCACAGGCUGUCAGUGUUAUAUGGUAAAGUGUAUGCAAUUGGCGGCACAGACAGAGAUAAUACGCCAUUAUCAUCAGUUGAGGUCUAUGACCGAAGGCAGAACAAGUGGACUGAAGGUGUUCCUCUCCCACAGCCUAGGUACUGUCAUGCAGUUGCAGUAUUGGACAGCAGUAUAUAUGUGAUGGGUGGGUUUGAGAGAGAAAAUACAGCAACCAUGUACCGCUUCAGCCCAGGAGACUCACAAUGGCAGUCCAUGAGGGACAUGCCUGGUGUAGGUGAAUAUGUGACUGCCACAGUCCUAAAUGGUGACAUCUAUCUGGCUGGGGUGCAGUCGUCCAUUUACUGUUUCAGGCCCAGUGAAAGUGGUGGUGUCUGGAGUAAGGUAGUAUCAGGUAUUCUAGAGGAUUGUGGCAUGACUGUGUUGAAGGGGAAGGUUUAUAUCUAUGGAGGCUAUGAUACAACAACUGGUGAUGAUGAUGAUGAUGAUGAUGAUGAUGAAAGUACAGAUGUCAUGUGCCUUGAUCCGGAAACCCAGUCACUCAGCCAUGUAGGAAACAUGGCCAAGGAUGUAUACCACAUUUCUUGCAUCACAGUACUUAAGUCUUGCUGAUGAACAAAACCAGAAGUCACAUUUUUGUGACACAUCCUGGGUAAAUGUCUGUAAGAUAAGAGUUUCUCAGGAUCUUUAGGUUACUCUUAAGUCAUUUCAGUUCUACUGGAAAGCUGUUUAUUAUCUUUCGUCAGUUUAGUUUCUAUAGUAAACAUUUGUUAUGUAUGUUUAUUUGUUAAAUAGCGAUACAUAAAAGCUUGUUGAUUCCUGCAUUGUGUAUUCCCUGAUGUUGACAGCAUAGUCUAGAAAACAAAAGUUUUGAAUUUGACUGUUUUAUAAGUCAAUUUGAUGAAAUGCAAGUUGACCUUUCUUAACCCCUCAAUGGCCUGCCUUCUUGCUAUUUCCAGUGUGCUACUAGUAUUCAACUGUGUUGAUUGCAAACUGGUAAAAUAAUGUGUUGAAGUCUUUGUAGUGUACCCCCCCCCCCCCAUUUUGAAUUUUGUUGUCUACUUUUUCUUAUAGAAGUUAGUGCCUCCAGCAUGUGUUCCUGUAAUGUUGGUAACCAAGCCAAAGGCUUGUUGGCAACUUUUGGAGUAAAAACAGAACUUGAUUUUGAGCCAUGACAACGAGAUAGUGAUGUUAAGUAGACAACAACUUGGAGUGUACUUGUAUUUUGUUGCCUUACAUACAAACAUGUGUCAAAGACAAGUAUCAGAUGCAUUGUAAGUUAAAAGUAGAGAAAGAAUGGAACUUAGUUACAGCUGCCGUUAUAUAGUUUUUAACACACUGUUACAGUAGUUUUCUUAUAUUAGGUUGUAAGGUUAGCAUGAAAUGUGAUCAUGGGAAACAUCAGAAAAAAAAAACCCAGUUGUA